GGAGAAUUUCCGGACCGAGAUCUGAGAUGCGCUGCCGAGUGAUGCGCGCCAUAAACGACUGCCCUCCGUCUCUUGUCCAGCAGCCAUAUCUCCCCACCCUCUCCGUCGUCCCUCGCCCCCUCCUCAUCGUCUGCAGCGGCGUCCCCACCAUGCUCUCAGCCCGCCCCAUGCAGCCCCUCCCCCUCUCGAUACCCCCCACCCCCGCCGCAGACCUCCCCCAUCCUCCCCUCGUUCACUCCCCCGCCGCUCACCCAUCACCCCGCAUUGACACCUCCCCAUCGACUCCUGCCACCGCACGCCUCGUCCAGCCUACUGCGCCCUCAAUACCGUUCCCUCCAGACCAGCGGCAGCUCUCUCAUGCGCUGAACGCGUCUGGCGACGGCAGUGCCCCUCCAAGCAGUGCUUUCAAGGAGCAGGCUCCUCAGCCAACAAGGCGGCCGUCUCGUUCGCGUUUCCUCUCCACAGCCUUCACUCCGCGCAAGCGGUCCCCGUCUCCCCAGAGUCCGGGUGAGCCUUCCGCCAGCGCGCCUUCGGACACGCUAGGCGUGCCUUCCGCAAGCCGCUCUGUCUUCAAGCGUCGACCGAGCCAGUCCAACAUGCCAUUGGUCUCUAACCCGCCUUCUCCCCCGCGCGUGUCUCCCGACAGUGAGCACCCGCAUCCGCUGCCCGACAUGUCCGACAGCGCAGUUCCUACACCCAACGGUGUGGCUUCUUCCGCCAGCUCUGUCAAUACCAAGAAGGACAAGCAUUUGCCCGGUCCUCUGCACGACCUCAAGCGAUUCCUGAACCACCACAUCCCUCAUCCGCACGGGCAUCACGCCAGUGCGUCUACCACUCCCGGCUCCAUGGUUGCUGCUCCGCCUCCGGAUACAUCCGUCGCUCCUCUCGACCAGCGCCGUGGCGUGCACUUUGACCAGUCCAGUUUACUGGAUGCUGCUGGUGUUGCGACGCCCGCAGGCUAUCAUAGCACUGCUCCCGGCACUCCGGCAAACAACGAUUCGACAGACUACGUUAAUGGUAAUACAGAAUCAGGAAAGCAUUCAUCACGCUUCUCGACCUUCUUGAAGAAGGAUCGGAAGGAGGCCAGGGAUAGACUUUUGACCGAGGGCCGUGUGCGGCCAUCGCGCAAAUCGAGCAUGGGCAAAACGCCCUCGCCAGGCGCGUCCGACACUACCGGCAGCGGCAGCAGCAAGCGCAGCUCACGCUCGCCGUCGCGGACGAUCGACUCGCAGUCGAGCCCUGCCUCUGGGUCUGGCUCGCCGACCUCCACUGCACCCACGACGGCCCCUCCUACGUCGAGCUCCGGCCACUCAGGGGAGACGUCCAAGCACUUUGUCGCUCCGUCGGCACAUCGCGACGGCCACACGCCAGGCUACGUCGUGCCGAGCCUCUCGACGGCAACGCACGCGCACCUGAGCAAGAAGUACGGCAAAUGGGGUCGUGUGCUCGGUAGUGGUGCAGGCGGAACCGUGCGCCUGAUCAAGGCGCCGGCGAAGCAGGGCGGAAUAACGUUCGCGGUGAAGGAGUUCCGGCCCAAGAGACAGGGCGAGAGCGAGCGCGAGUACCAGAAGAAGGUCACUGCGGAGUUCUGUGUGGGCAGCACGCUCAAGCACAAGAACAUCAUCGAGACGGUGGACAUUGUCACGGAUCACGGGCAUUACUACGAGGUAAUGGAGUAUGCGCCAUACGACCUCUUCAGCGUGGUUAUGUCCGGAAGCAUGUCGCGCCCCGAGAUCUACUGCGUCUUCCGGCAGAUUUGCGACGGAGUCGAAUACUUGCACUCGCUCGGGCUAGCGCAUCGCGACCUGAAGCUCGACAACUGCGUCAUGACGAAGAAUAACGUCGUGAAGCUCAUCGACUUCGGCACCGCGACGGUGUUCCACUACCCGGGCAAGAAGACGACGCUCGCGACGGGCGUCGUGGGGAGCGACCCGUACCUCGCACCAGAGGUCAUCAACGCAGAGAGCUACGACCCGCGCAAGACGGAUGUUUGGAGCGUCGCGAUCAUCUUCAUGUGCAUGGUCCUCAGACGGUUCCCGUGGAAGAUUCCGGAUUCGAAGACGGACGCGAGCUUCAGAGCGUUCGUCCAGGCACAUCCUGACCUCAGCGAGAAGCCUAAGGAGACUCCGAAGACGAUCGAGUGCGCGAACUCCGAGUCAUGCGAGAAGCUACAGGAUAAGAACGGGCUUCAGGAAGAGCAGCCGGCGGAGAAGUCGAAGGCACUGUCGAUCGCGUCGUCCAAUACCUCCGUCGCCCGGUCGGAUAAGUUGUCGAGAGACGGCUCCCGGUCAUCUAGCUCGGGGACGGAGGGCUCUGAUAUCGAACUGGACCCGCGCCGCAAAGUGCUUGGCUCGAGCGUGCUGUCUCGCUCGACCGCGACGUUGCCCGCCGUCUUCUUGAACGGCCACACCGACGCCCGAGCGGAUCCUGACCCGUCCGUGCGCAAGUUCGCGCGCCCUGCGGACUCGACGGAAUCCCUGCCUGCGCCGCCGUCGCCACAACUGUUCUUCAAACCUCCUCCUGUCCACUCCGACAGCGGCCUGACAGUGCUCGCGCUCCCAGCUGCAAGGAUGGACGGCAAGUCUUCCAAGGAGAGUACUUCGGCCUCCAGGCCUGAGACACAGAAGGGGCAGGCGCGCGAAGUGCAACUCGCGACGACUGAGGCUGCCCAGGGCGCAGUGACUGAAGCGCAGAAGUCACAGUCGAGCACGACGAGUGACACUCCGAAGCCGUCGACGACCACGCCCGCCCCAGCCAAGAAGGACCACAACGCGACCAUUCGGCCCCGGCGGCGCGCGGACAGCAAGGCGAGCGUCACUACCUUUCAUCAAGGCGGCGCCGAGUCUAUCUUCCGCUUGCUCCCCCGCGAGUCGCGCUCUGCGAUCCGGCGCAUGAUGCACAUCGAGCCCUCGGCGCGGUGCACCCUCACGGAUCUCCUAUACGGGAAGGGCAAGUCGGACGACCUGCUCUGCGGGUGCCGCUCGCAUGCGCGUGACGGCCCGGCGUGCCAGGACCAUGCCCAUGCCCCAGAGGACCAGGACGACGGCGAUUCGUGGCUGCGGAGCAUCGUCCCCUGCUCGGAGCCUGGCGCGAAGCCGACCCACACGCAUAUCAAGGUCGCCGUCGACGAGAAGCAGGGCAAGCGGAGGUUCUUUUAGCAGGCCUCCAUGUCUUUGUCCCUCAGGCUCCCCCUCAUGUCCCCGCCCACGGACUCGCAUCGUUCCCCAUGCAUCAUCCAGCAUACAGCAUAGGUCUGUUCCCAAUUCUUUAUUGUUCAUCUUCGUUGUUGUUAUUCCCAUCGCCCUCGCCGUUCGCUCGGACGCUCGCAUCUCACAGCUGUGCAUAGAGCCCGCCUGCUUGCUUCAUCUUCGUCUUGUUUGGGCCGUUCGUCCUGCACGCCCUGCCCGUUCGUUUGCGCCCCCGCCCGCGUCCGUCCUGCAUGCGCCCGACGAUCCUUGCCGUUGCCAUAGAUCUUCGCAGCGGGACGGGGCGGCCCAAAACACAAAUGUACAUGUUUAUGAUAGUGAAGUUAGAGAAAAUGCUCCUGUACUAGUAAUAAAGUCUAACCAAUACUGCGAUGCAUUUAUUUGGACAG